AUGAUCGAAGUUGACCGGCAUGUUAGCAGUCGUGACAUCGCCCAGGGUCUAAAAAUCAACCAUAAAACUGUUUUUAACAACCAAAGCUGGAUGCAAGAAGAAGCUCGAUUUUUACAGACUAUCCUCUAUCAGGAUGGCGAAGAUGAACCGGUAUAUCAAAAUCCGAACUUGGGCAAAUUGCACGAGGGUGUCAGUUUUACGGUGAAAGGACGAACAAAGAAACAUUGUGAAAGGUUCUCAAUAAAUUUCAUCAUUGAAAAUGCCACACGUGAUGUUGCCCUGCACAUUAAUCCGCGACUACCUCAAAAUUAUAUUGUACGCAACACAAAAGUUCGCAAUGCCUGGGGCCGCGAAGAGGUAGCCUCCGCUUUGCCCUUCAGCCUACGACGUGGCGCUGCAUUUUCCGUACAGAUUCUAUUCACCGACGAAUGUUAUAUGAUUUCAGUGAAUGGUUAUCAUUUUUGUAAAUUCUAUCAUCGUUUGCCUUACGAAAGUGUUCAAAGUCUCGAAGUAAAGGGAGAAAUUGAAGAUGUUACCGUUGAACGGUCCGAAGUGCAAAAUUAUCCCGAACGUUUACCAGAAUCGGUGCCACAAACGGUACGAUUGGGUAGAACUGAUCGUGUUGCCGUCCCCAAUGCGGAUACGGAUGAGGACAAAGUCAUAACACAAUGGCGUGUCGUAAAGAAGGCCAACGGUGACAUCGAAUAUGAACCGAAAAUUGUAGCAUUAAAUGAAAUCAAAUUACCAUAUUAUGGUACCAUACCGCGCAAUUCAUUCCAACUGGGGCGAGUACUUAAGGUCGAGGGACGUGUCCGUCUACUGCCACAAUCGUUUUACAUAAAUAUGCAGUCGGGUCACAACUGUUGGCCACAUCCCGUUGUAGCGUUGCAUUUAAAUCCACGUUUUACCAAACAAAGUUCCGGUGCCAUUGGACGAGCCACAGUGAUACGUAACUCAUGGAUCGAUGGUAAUUGGGGACAGGAGGAGCGUUCCGAUUUGGAGACGAAAUUCUUACCCGGCAAACCCUUCAGUUUACAAAUUGUCCAUGGCGAAGAUUCGUUUAAGAUUUACGUAAAUCAUCAAUUGUUGACAGAAUAUAAAUUCCGUGUUAGUCCCAGUACAAUUGAUACAAUAUAUAUACAGGGUGAUAUUAAACUAUUCGAUGUAGCUUUGGAACCAUAUAAAUCGGUUUAA